CCAAAGCAACGACUCGUCUGACAAGUCGCGAGGAUGACUAGUGGCUAUUUAUCGCCAAGCCAUUGUAAAACUAGCCUCAGUCGUGGUUUUCGCUUGCGCCAGCAGUUGCUAUAUAUACGAGCGAACAGUAAGCACAGCUGCAUUUAAAUAUCCACUGUACGGAGACGCGCGCUUUGCUAAUACACAUCAGUCAUUGGCCGUUGCACGUCGGCAUUGAGGACAUUUCUAUAUUUUUCUAUAAUAAGAAAAACAAGUCUCGGCUAUAGUCGAGCCAGUCUCGUGCUACCGUCAUAGCGUUUAGACAUCGCUUCAAAUCGUGUCAAAUGGCGGCGCAGGAAGAUUCGAGCGGUGUUCGCAAGAGCGGAUCCGAGUCGGCGGCAGCGGCGGCGGCGCGUGUCGUUGCCGCGGCGAACAACUCGACACAGCAGCAGCAGCAGCAGCGAAGAUCAUCUUCGGCCAGCAGUCGGGUCUCGCGACCGUCGCCCCUAAAGAACGCGAGUGGUAGUGGUAGUGUUGCGAUAACGUCGGCGCUGCCGCCGCGUGUGCCACCGCUCAUCAACGACGACGACGACGACGACGAAGAAGCUGCCUUCGCUGGCUUUCCUGCCCUCGAAGUCGAACUCGCUCGCAGUGGUGAAAUGAUCGCUGCAGCUAUCGAUAACGUUGCGAGAUCAAAGUGUUUACCAAAAAUUUGACAACCACCGGAUUCAACAGCAAAAUCUGGGAAAGAAAAUAAUACAUCCCAAAUGCUGUUGAAUAACACAUCUUCGACUACUUCUUCUUCUCCUUCAGUUAGUACUGUCAAGCCAAGCAUGCCAAGCCCAAAUAGUGUAAUGCCAGAGGAAACUGGCAAUAAUUUUUUAAAUUAUCUUCGUGAUCUAGCUGGUACUCUGGAACUCGAACCUCAUCCAAGUAUCAAAGACCAUUGUUAUGCUAGACCAUAUAAUUGGAAACCCGAUCAUGCAUUUGUUAAGCCUGUUAAAAAAUUAUUUUUUCCAAAGACUGAAGUGAUAUCUAAAAAAAAAGGAGAUGAAGAUAUUAUUGACGUUGUUGGUGAUUUUGAAGAAAAAACUCCACCUCCAUUUGAUACUUCCAAUGUGUAUCAAACAAUGGAUGAAUUUGCAAGAGUUGCAAAAUUUGUCAGACCAGAAGAAACUGAAGAUUGGGAAGAUAAAAUAGAUAAAACUGGCUGGGCACCACUUGAAAUGCGAAUAUUUUCACGAAUUGUAAGAAUACUAAAUUCUGAACGAUUAACAAGAUUAGCCAAAGCAAAUGACCCUUAUGAACCCAUUAUACGAAGAGCAUCCAUUGAUAAUACAGCCAAAAAAUUUAGGGAAACUAUGGCAUCAGCAGCUUGGGAUAUGAAAAUAGCACAAUGGCUCCAUAGUUUACUGUAUGAUCAUUUACCACAGAGUUAUUUGGCUAUUUAUUUAGAUAUCCUGCAAAGCUUAAGACAAAAAAUUCCUACACUUAUUGAUAAAAUGAUCAAUACCCAACCAAGUUUAAAUUCUAAGGGAAGCACUGUAACAUGGGAUACAUUAGGACCUCUUCUAAAAAAGUCUUGGGACCCUAUAACACCUGUAUUAAAUGCUAACAAACCAAAAAAGUUACCUGAAAAUCCAAUUUUCAUUGUUGUUCCUAGUGGAAGUCCCACUACUCUUUCAUCAAGACAUAAUAAGUGGAUUAGUCAAUUGGGAAAUUUAGCCAAUGUUGUUACAGUUAACUCAUAUCAACCACUCGCUGCUAACAAAGUUUCAGUCAUGAUUGGUCUGGAACAAUUGGUUCAAGCUACUCGAUUAAAAAUUCAGGAAGUUAAGGUGGGUCAGCCUGGAAGACCUAUAGUAUUAAUUGGAUUUAAUACAGGAGCAGCUUUAGCUUGUCAGGUCGCACUGUUAGAUGCAGUGACAGCAAUUGUUUGUCUUGGAUUUCCUUUCAAUACAGCUGAUGGUAAACGUGGUUCUCCCGAUGAUGUUCUUUUGGAUGCACGUUGCCCUAUUAUGUUUGUGAUAGGUCAGCAUGCAAUGCUAGUAAGACCCGACGAUAUCGAAGAUAUUCGUCAACGUAUGCUUGUACCAACUAGUUUGGUGGUAGUUGGUUCUGCUGAUGACCAUUUAAGAAUUUCCACAUCAAAAAAAAUCAAUGAAAAAAUCAGUCAAAGUAUGGUUGAUAGAUGCAUAAUCGAUGAAAUUGCCGAUUUCGCUAGUAAUAUUUUAUUACAACCGCAUCCCAUUAUACGAACUGCUAAUUCCGUUAAUUCAUAUGAAAAUAGAAAUAAGCAAGUUGACUUACGGAAACGGAAAGUGUCGGCUAAUACAUUUGACAGUGAACCUCAAGUUGCAAAAAAGAUUCGUACUCCCGCGAAUUUACCUUCAAUCAAACAAACAGCUGCAGUGAAAAGAAAUGCAUCGACGAGCCUUUCAAGUCCUCAGCCUAGAAAAAAAUCUAAACCAACUGCAUCUAAUACUCGAAAUGAACCAGAUCAAAUAAUUUCUGCUACGAUCACGCCUCAACAACAAAAUUUAGAAAAUCCAACUGGUGGUAUAACUUUAAACAUUGGUUCUUUUGCAAGUUUAUCUUCUAUGGGUGCUAUUCGUUUGGAACCCCCAACAUUAAACUCUUUGAAAACGCAGUCAAAUGCGUACUUUAAAGUUUUAAAAAAUAAUAGUCAGGUCAGUGUAGGAGGACAAACACAAAAUAUAGCUAAAAUUAAAAUGAUUAUGCCACAAAAAAAAGUUCAGCAAACUAGUAACAGUUCCAGAGCUAGCAAUACAGUUAAUAAACUGAAUGAAGGAAACUUCGUACCUGCUGGUGCCCAAACUGGUGGUACAAUCAAAGUUCUUCCGCCCAUGUCAGCAGUCUCUAGUUCAAAGGCUACAUCCAGUAUACCAACAGUGAAUCUCCCUAGUAUUCAGCAUGUUAAAAGUAUCAACCUUAAUCACGCAACAUUGAAGCCGGUAACGUCAUCAAAUAUACUUUUUAAUCCGAAAUCGUUAUCUUCUACAACAGUUUCAACAACAUCUGCUACAACCACAGUAGCAGCUGCAUCAAAUUCUGUGGCAACUAAAGUUGCUGAUAUCAACAGCAGCAAAAAAUUACAUCAGCCUUUGCUCCAACAACACUCAAAUCAACAAGUGAAAACGAAAUCACCUAAGAGACGCACUUCAGCUCCUUUGGUCGUUUCGUUGCCUAAAACUCCUCGCAAGGAUUUGAACUUGUCAACUCCACUAGAUACAAUUAAAUGCCCGCAAUUGCCUAGUAAAGGUCGUCCGCCGAAUGCCAAUAAGCCUGUCGCAACGAAAAAAACUAAAACAAGCCCGUCAAAACAACUUCAGUCACCACAAGCACAAGCGGAAAGUGGAGCAAAUCUUAGUAAAAAUCUAAUACCGAAUAUUCUUGAUUUACCUAUCAUCAUUGCCAAAGAUGGUACAGAUUCUGUACCAACUGAUCUUCCUCCGACAUCGACAACUACGACCAUACCCAGUUUAGUUUACAUAAACGAAGGAACACCUUCGCAACAACCGAUCGGAGUAAAGUAUACAAAAAUAAUUUUAGCUAAACGCACUGAUCAAAGUAAUUCGAGUGGACCAGUGAUACUAACAAAAACCAAUAAAGCAACUCCAAAACCAACAGGAUCAAAAACAACGAAUACAAAAAUAGUAAAAGUUAAAAGUAAUGUGAAAAAAGUUUGAGAGUGCCUUAAUUGAUGAUGAACAUUUGUUGUACUUGAAUCAAUACAAUAUUAUGUUUAACUCGAUUAAAAAAUACUUUAUGUGUUCAUCCCAAAUAUUUAAAUUAAUGUAAAAUUGAAUGAAUUGAACUAUAUUUUCAUUGUA